AUGAACCAUUCUCCAGAGGCAUGGGAUCAUAUGCAAUUCAAAGAUGUUGUAGUUAAAGUGGCCACGGUUGAAUUGUACUACAAAGUUGUACACUUUUAUUUCCAAGAACACCUAGAUCUUAUUAAUAACCUCUUGAAUGUCCUUGCCCUUAGGGUAGAACACACACUAGUGGUUGACAUCAUGUGUAAGGUUGGACAUCUUCAUCUUGUGAAUCCAUACAUGGUUGCAGUACAGAGAAACAAUGUAGCUGUUGUUAAUAAGGCUUUGAAUGGAAUUUAUGUCGAAGAGGAAGAUUAUGAUAGGCUUCAAGAAUCUAUAGAUAUGAACGAUAACUUUUAUCAGAUAGGGCUUGCUCAGAGGGUUGAGAAACAUGAACUUUACAACUUCGGCUUGCUACAUUCUCUCAUCGAUAUAUGGUAUCCUGAUGCCUCCUCACCUCAAUCAGGUGAUCGUGAACUUGCAGAGGAAUUGGUGGUGUAUUUUGUGGAAAAGAGCAAGAAAGAAUGCUUUGCUUCAUGCUUGUUCAUAUGCUAUGACUUGAUUAGACCAAAUGUGGCUUUGGAACUUGCCUGGAUGAAUAAUAUGAUUGACUUUGUGUUUCCAUACCUACUUCAGUUCUUUCGAGAAUACAUGACAAAAUUUGAUGAGCUUGUUAAAGACAAGUUAGAGGCUGAACAAGAAGAGAAAUCCAAGGAGAAAGAAGAGAAAGAUCUUGUUGCU